CUUGUCUUAUUCAAUCUGUCAAUUCCUUUUGUUAUCAAUAGUAUUAAGUUAUCAGCUCAACUAAGGCUUAUUUCACGACGUCAAUAAUCAAAAUGUUUCUCAAGCGCAAGCGUUCCGAAUCUGAGAUCUCAACCACUUCAUCUCUCCUAUCCAGUCCUCUACACUCCAACAACUCCAAUUCUAUGCAUAUUGAUUCUCCAUCAAUAAGAUCACCGAAUCUUUUCUCCUCUCGUACCAGGAAGCGUCAUAGAGAUAAUCGACCAAAUGAGGACACCGUCCAUCAACAUACCCUCUCCCUCCUUUAUUCAGCGCAGCAACCUUCAAAUAUAAAUACAAAUUGCAUGCCACCGCCCUCACCUUCGGCAAUUUCGCCUCAUACCAUAAUACCUAACCCACCAAAUAACGCUCCACAACAAGCCUCACUCCAUUCUUUCUGGCAAUUGCCAUCAAACCGUCAAAUUUCACCGAGUAGCGAUUCUUCUUAUACAUCAUCCACAUCUGUUUCUCCUAAAACAAUCACACAUCCUCACCUAAUACCGACCAACUGCGAGGAUUGCGAUGCAUCACUAGCGAACACGGAAGGGGGUGACGAAAUGGAUGUAGAUACUAUAAUGGACAUUGAUAUGUAUGGAGCAGGAGAGACAAAUCAUGCAUGUACGAAUUGUGGGAAACAAGUUUGUCAUUCCUGUGCUGUGAGUAACUUGGGAGUGGAAAGGAAAUGUUUGGGUUGUGCAGGGAGUAACGGAAAUGAAAGGAAAUGGGUUGGAGGCUUGGGGUGGAUGAAUUAGAAGUGGAGAAUUGAAUUGGGAACAAAAGCGGAUACCCGGCGUGCGUUUAGUUGAAGAAAUUUGUACAGGUUCACCGUUGUUUAUUCUGCUUGGAUGUCUACAGCUUGGCGUUAGAAGUUAUGAAGCGGCUUCUUUCUUAUAUCAGGAUAUACUAAUUUCCAACUCCUUAACGAUGAUGAGAUAUUUUAAAUUGUAUAGAAUCAAAAUUAUCAGCUAAUCCUCA